GACGGACGUAUGCACAGACGAAGGACUGGCAGAUGCUCGGACGGCAUGAGAGGUUCACUGCCAUCCUCGUGCACUGUAGCACUUAUUUCUUUCCCCUGACAGUGGUGGGUGGUGAAACAGAAGUCCUGGCACUGCAUCAACGGUUUGGACCGAGGUGUGAAGAGUCCUGCUGGACCACCUCCUGGUUGAUAAUUGGUGAGCAAAGUAAAGCCAGGAGAGUCACACUGGACUGGACUAUAUGGUAUCUAAAGGCAGUUACUGAACUGCCCGGUCUAGGAUUUGCUCAGUUUCACAAUUUUUUUCUUUGUAGGUUUCUAAACAACUCACAUUUUAAAGUGUUUGAUUUGUAUAUAGAAAUGAAAAUAUAUAUACAUUUAACAUCCAUCUAUGCUUCUUGUGUUGGUGUGGCCAAGAAUUGCAAUCUUAUGAUCUAGUAACAUUUUAGACACCGUCCCAGACUGACCAACAGACUGACAUUAACAUCAGAGCCAGGCUGCUAGUGUGGCUAAAAGAGAAGAGAAGAAGAGACAGUCAUGUUGAUAUGAACAUUAGAGAAACACAUCAUGGAGCUGAAAUAUGAUCCUGCUUCAUCAUGUGGUCUCCUUCACCUCAGCUGACACGUUCACCAGCAGACAGGUUUUUGUACCAGUCUUUCUCACUGUGUGGAGGAUAUUACUACAUCUUUGGUUCUGGGACUAAACUGUAUGUAACAGAGGAGCAGAUGGUGAAGCCCGUGGUGAACGUCUGCCCCAUUGAAUCCAACGUCCACCAGGAGGGGAAGAGCUCCCUGCUGUGUCUGGCCUCAGCCAUGUUUCCUCCUCUGGUCCAGUUCUCCUGGAAAAGACAGAAGGAGGACGGCUCUCUGGAGGAGCUGCUCCCUGCUGAGGGACAGUUCAGAGGGUCCAGACAAUCCGCCGUCAUCAGAGUGGUUGAUGGUGAUGCUCUCAGCAGAUAUAAAUACAUCUGCUACGUCAAGCAUGAGGGGGGAACAGUGGAGGCCCAAACACAACAAGAGGUUCCUGCUUCUCCUCCACCACCUCCUCCUCCACCUGCUUCUACUCCACCAGUUCAUGCAUCAACUCCUCUACUUCUGCAAAAAGAAACAUUUCCACCAUCUGAUCCAGCUGCAACCUCUGUUCCUGUUCUCCACCCUGUGAAGCUGUCAGUGUCCUUCCAGUCUGAGUUGAGGGUGAAGCUGCUCUUGCUGCUGUCCACAGUGCUGAUAGUGAAGAGUCUGGUGUACUGCUGUGGACUCUCUCUGCUGAUGAUCCUCAGAAACAAGGGACCGUCCACCAACUGCACCAAUGCUGGCUGAUUGUUUUCUGCUGGACUUUUCUCUCCAUCAAAUCUCAUCAAUUCAUCUCAUUCAUCACUUUGAUCAGGAUUCACAAAUGUUAGUUAUGACAUGUUAGAAACUAAAUGAAGCUGAAUUAUUAGCUGCCUUGUAGAUAUUUCAGCAUUUAUCUUGUUUUUCUUUUUAAUCUCCUGUAUCUGCACAGUGUGGUAGGUUCUCCACAUUUAUUCACUCAGAUAAUCUCAAUAAAGUGUAAAACAGG